CCUUCUUUGCUGACAACCCACCCCAGACUCGGUAGGCUCAGCGCCCAGCGGUCGCCCCAGCCUCUUGGCACUUGAGACCCUGCGCUCCAGCUUACGCGGAGACGCUGCCAGCCCCGCCGUUGCCGCCGCUGCAGCCAACACUGGUGCCACGCGCAGCCGCCUUUGCCGUGCCGCUGCCACAACCUCAGCUGUCUGCCCGCCAGCCACCAUGGCCCCACAGCAAACAGGUAGCAGGAAGAGGAAAGAGUCCGCGCUCGAGGCUGGAGCGGGGAGCUCGUCGUCCCAGGGCUUAAUGUCGGCGGGGCACGGAGAGGGGCCGCUGCUGCCCAAGAAGCAGAAGCGGCCAGCCACGCUUCGAUCGCUGGUGUACUACCUAAAGGGCCGCACGGUGGGCGCGUGGGGUCGCGCCUGGCUCCCGGGCUUCGAGGGCAAGCUACGUGACUACGCGGUGCAGAGGCUUCCCGAGCUGCUGACUGAGCGCAUGCUGGCCCUGGGAACCCUCAACAAGGUUUUCGCUUCUCAGUGGCUGAACGCCACGCAGGUGGUGUGUGGCACCAAGUGUAACACUCUCUUUGUGGUGGACGUGCAGUCGGGCCAAAUCAAUCGCAUCCCCCUGAUGCGGGACCGGAUGCCUGCCCUGACCCGGGAUCAGCCAACCUGCGGCAUCCAUGCCAUUGAAUUAAAUCCCUCCAAGACACUUCUGGCCACCGGGGGCGAAAAUCCCAACAGCCUGGCUGUCUACCAGCUGCCCACCUUGGACCCCGUUUGCCUGGGUGACCGCCAUGGGCACAGGGAUUGGAUCUUUGCCAUUGCCUGGAUGAGUGACACUGUGGCCGUGAGUGGCUCCCGUGAUGGCACCAUGGCACUGUGGCGCGUGGACCCUGACAAGUUUAUUGGCAGCAGUCCCUGGCACAAGGAUGCAUCUCUUCCCUUGUACACCCACAUCCAUCCAAAGGACAUAGAGUCCAUCCCCAGGGCCAGCAGCAACCCCAGUAACCGCAAAGUGCGAGCCCUGGCCUUCAGCGGCAAGAACCAGGAACUGGGAGCAGUGUCCCUGGAUGGCUAUUUCCACCUGUGGAAAGCACGAAGCCACCUAUCCAGGCUGCUGUCUAUCAGGCUGCCCUACUGCCGAGAAAACGUGUGCCUGACCUACUGUGAUGAAUUGUCCCUGUACGCGGUGGGCUCCCAGUCUCACGUCUCCUUCCUGGAUCCCCGCCAUCGCCAGCAGAACAUUCGGCCCUUGUGCUCCAGAGAGGGCGGCACAGGUGUGCGCUCCUUGAGCUUCUACCAGCACAUAGUCACUGUGGGCACAGGCCAUGGCUCCCUACUCUUCUAUGACAUCCGUGCCCAGAAGUUCCUGGAAGAGAGGGCCUCAGCCAGCCUGGACUCUUUUCUGGGACCCACAGGGAAGAAGCUCAAACUCACCUGUGGCAGAGGCUGGCUCAACCAUGAUGAACUCUGGGUGAAUUACUUUGGUGGUGUGGAGGAGUUCCCCAAUGCCCUCUACACUCACUGCUACAACUGGCCUGAGAUGAAGCUUUUUGUAGCUGGGGGACCUCUCCCUUCAGGCCUCCAUGGGCACUAUGCAGGCCUCUGGAGUUAAGAAUGGUCACCUUGUCCUGAAAAUGGGCAUAUGUACAUUUGAGCUCUAUUUAACUUUCUUAAUUUUGUAUUUGUCCUUGUAACUCUACCCUUUGUCUUACAGGUGGACCUGACUUAACUUACCUGUGCUUUGUGCAUUAGACAGAGAGAAAGAAAGAGCACAAAAUUGGUGGUUUGGGCACUCAAAAUUUGGCUUUAAGACUUUUCUGCACCUUGCCUAAAGCAUUACUUUCUGCUUUCUCAUACAAGGCUAAACUUUGUUUUCUUUUGUUGAGUGAUUUACAUAUUUUUCUUUAGGCUAAUGUAGUCGUUACUCUCAAUACCAUUUGGUACAUUAGUUUUACCAGUAUUUCCAUAACAUAUUCAGACCUUUACACAUUUCAGAUGUAUAGUAUUUGGGGAAAAUGUGCGUUAAAAAUGUGUCUUUUGGCUGGGCUGAAGAUAUAGACUUACUCCAAUUGGAAAAUGCAGUUGAUUGCCACCAUUGUGAGCAUAUUUUAUUGGGAUGUUGUUAACUCAGUAUUUGUUGAUUGUAUUUCAUUGGUGCAUAAAAUGAUUUUUAAAAAUGUAUUAUCUUAGUUAAGGAAUAUUACAAUACUGUUUGGUAUUAGUCAAAAAUUGUGAUUAUUCAGUAAAAGUUGAGCAUCACCACUCCAAACCCUCAGACUUCAUUAAAGCUGCUGUCUUUCUGUUUACCUUCCUGGGUGGCAUUUAUGCUAUGGUUUUUGAGUGCUACUCAAAACUGGCUUAUGUGUGGCAGAACAAUCAGGUAUUUUAAAAGAUAAACAUUUUGUAGUAUUCAGUUAACACCAUCAAGGUAGCCAUUUACAGUGAAAGACCAGAAGAUGUGCUCAGAGUAGAUGUUGUUUACAUUUUUGUGUUAAGUACAUGGAUAAUUCUUUUGUCUGAAUC